AUGAGUUUACGUAAGCGUAGCGGGGCGUGGAACUUCUUUUCUAAUUCCGAAGGUGGAAAAGAAGUCAAGUGUACAAUAUGUGGACAAAAUAUGGCCUGUAAUAAUUCGACAUCGUCUUUGGCAACCCAUUUGAAGGCCAUUCAUAAGAGGGACAAGGAGCAGGACCUGGAAAUGACCACAGAUGUAGCCAACAGUGAAUGUGCCGAACCAAGCCCGGCAAAAAAUGUCAAGCGUAGAAGAAAAAACGAAGAUGGCGAAACUAUUUCAAACGAGCGCCAAGAGACCAUUUCUCGUGCAAUAGCACGUUUAAUUGCAACAAAUAUGUUACCCAUUUCUCUUGUUGCUACGCCUGGAUUCCAUGAGUUUAUGAAGGUGAUGGAGCCCGCAUAUAAGGUUCCAUGCGAACAGAGCAUCCAUUCCCGUCUUCAAUUGCUUUAUAACGACGUUAAGGAUCGAGUUCAAACUGAACUGUCGGAUGCAUCUAGUGUGGCGAUCACUGUAGAUGAAUGGACUUCUCGAACCCAAAAUGCUUACAUAUCAGUCGAAGCGCAAUAUAUAAACAGCAACCAUCGUUUAUGUCACGUUACACUUUGCAACGAAGAGCUACCUGGUAGACCAACGGCAGAAAAUAUAAGUGCAUCUAUCGAAGUGGCUCUCACUGACUGGGGGUUAACUGAGAAAACACAAGCUAUAACACACGACAGCGCAAAUGUGAUGAACGCAGCUGCAGCUCAACUAAUAAGUGUUCCUAAUAGUGUAAAAUGUAGUGCACAUCUUCUCCAGCUCGUCGUUAAAGAUGCAAUGUCUUCAGUUCCAAAAUAUGAAGAAAUUUGCAAUAAGGGACGAAAUUUGGUAAGGUAUUUCCACAGAUCAACUGUAGCUAAAACAACACUAUUCAAUCGCCAAGUGCAACUGGGAUUGAGGGAAAGCAGAUUACUGCAAUGUGUCGAAACUCGGUGGAAUUCCAAGUAUCGUAUGUGUGAAAGUCUGCUCGACAACAGAAAUGCCAUCAGCUUGGUUAUUGCCGACAGAAGUGAGACAAAAAUAAACGAAGCUAUAAAGCUUGAAAUUCUGGAAACAGACUGGACCAAUAUGGAAAAGUUGGUCGAGGUUCUCAAUCCGUUCGAUGUAGCCACAAAUGUGCUGUGCACUGAAAAAAACAUUUCCAUAUCAAUAAUUCGUCCCCUUGUACAUUACCUUAUAAAUAAUCAUAUGGCUUCGUCAUCGUGUGAACAGUCGAAUGAGGAGAUUUAA